UACAAAUUCCAUGAACGCACAAACGAUAUACUAGUGUUGGUAGCCGUCGCGCAGUGGUAUCAGUCGAAUCUUCUACCCCGAUAUCGUCGCAGCCUGAAAUGCUGCCUUCACAUGUUCAAAAAUAAACCAUACACCAUCCAAAGAAAAGGAAAUUCCCCAGCAGCAACAUCACAUCCCACAAAAGGCCUAAAAUAUAUUUUGGAUAUUAUUAAUGGUGCAAAUUCGUUGGCCAUUGGCCCCUGGCGUGUGUGUGCGUACAUACCAAAAGAACUGCUGCCGUCGCUGUUGUUGUUGUUGUGUGCGUGUGCAGAGCAGAAGAGCAUAGAAAUUGCCAAACGUUUUUAUAUAAGCUCCAUGUUCUAUGUUUCCCAACAUACGCAUAUAAAUGUGAACGCACAUAUUUAAUAUUAGCAUAGAGUUGUCAUUCAUUCCCCCCCUUGGCAACCGACGCGCUGGGCCCCUACGGCAAUAGCAACGGCGAGAGAGCAGCGGCAGCAACAGCAGUUACGAUACGAGUAAAUAUACACAUGAGGAGGAGAACACAAUUAAAAAUACACCAAGAGCUCCAUUAACGCUGUCCCCAGCCACCCAGCGCCAUACAUCCCACCAUCGCACACAAAUGGAUAUAUGGAAGUGCGCGUGCUAGAAGCGAAGCCACCACCACCACCUGCUGCUGUUGCUGCUUCGUGGGACUGGGACUAGGAUUAGGACUAGCACUAGCACUAGCACAACGGAUAUUGGCAUUGCCCCACCCAUCCAGACAGCUGCUUCAAACUGCGCCGGUGACGACGAGCAGUUAAGGGCAGCAGCAUCUCUGCCCCUGCCCUAGCCCUAGGACCUCUACCCGCCGAGUGGCGCAGGAGCAGCAGCCAGCGGCCAGGAGAACAACAGCCGCCGACGCCGCCGCCGCAGUGCAAUGAACGCCAGCCUCAUCUAUGAGAUACUCAUGUAUCUGAAUUCAUUCUACUUUGGCAUGUACGCCGCCUUUGAGGUGGGCGUGGGCGUGCUAAAGGCAAUCAAUCUGAACUACGGCGAGAAUGUGUUGUCGCGGGAGGCGUCCAUACUGCUCUCGUUGUGCAUCAUUGAGACGCUACGCAUUGUCUUUGGCCGCAAGAGCAGUCUCAGCGAUCGUGGAUGGCAAGCAACCGCAUCCGUAAUAUUAACACUGCCCAGUCUUGCUAUUGUUAUAUAUUUGUGUUGUUUUCAAACCUAUGUUCUCAAACUCGAAAUGAUUCUGAGUGCCUUAAUGAUCACCCUACAAGGUGCUGAACUAGUCUAUGCCAGCAUAUUCAUUUGUACAAUGUGUCGACCCGUAACAUACACCUAGCAGUACGACUACGACGACGACCACGACCAAGCCAUCAUCAUCAUCAGCAUCAGCACUAGCACUACAAGAGGAAGCAGCGGCCGCCGAGGCAGUGCGACGACGAAGACGAGACGUGGCUUUCUCCUGGCACUACUCCAUCAGACAUCUAGACACUACUAGACCACCACUUUAAGGACACUCUACUCCACUCUAUCGACUAGCAACUAAAGUAAACGAGAUAUUACAACCAAUACAAGGAUACGCUGGCGUAUUGCUGUGUGUGCCCUAUGUCCAUAAACCAAAAAACCGAAUCGAUCGACUGGCACGCCGCACUCCGCUCCACACCGAAAUGAACCCACGCAC